UUUUAAUUUCCAGGAUUCUAAUCCAUAUAACGACCAUUCUCCAAAGGAAUUUCACUCUCAACAGUCAGUAUAACUGUUUGGAGUAUCAUAUAGUCAGUUUUCUUAAUUUUUAUAUUUCACUCACAUUAUAACUAUUUUUAUUACAGCUCAAUUUUUCCAUUGAUCAUUCUAUUAUCACAGCAUCAACGGUAUAUCGUAUGUUGUACAAUUUAUUUUUAAGCCCUCUGAAAUUUCUGAGAUAACUUGACUUGUGCAUUCAGCGUAUUUAUUGAAUAGGGCAGGUGAAAAAAUAAAUCCCGGGCGAACUCCUCUUUUAUACUCAACUGCCCCAGAAAUUCGUCCGUUCUCAUCUAUAAUCUCUUUGAUCUUUUGAUAUAAUCUUCUUAUAAUUUGGACAUCAUUAACGUCUAGAACUUAAGGGGGAUUCGACAGUUUCAUUUCAAUCGUAAAGUGUUAUGAAAAUAGUCACUGCCUUUUCAAAAAAAUUGUCUUUUGACUAGUUCUUCCAAUGGAGACGGAAGAUAGAAAUCUUUUGCCAUAGUGUGUUUUAAAUGUCCCAACAUACCAUGAGGUCAUAUCCACCUAUCCCGGAAGUAACGAUGCAAAUAACGUCUCACCUGCAAAAAAGUGUGUGCGGGGCAUCGAUCAAGCUGGAGAAUCAUUCUUUGUUGCUGUUGCAGAAGAACAUAAUCUAACAGUGUUGGCGAAAUCACCACAGAAAAUUGAGGAACUGAGUACCAUUUACACGAGUUUCGUAGAAAUAAGGCACAAUUUAUUUAUUUGUGAACCACCUGAUAAUGAGUACAAAAUUCUCGGAUUUUCCUCUGCCAUCGAUUGAAAUUUCCAAAUGAUUAGUAUGCCAUUAAAGGUGAACUUGAAUUCAUCAGACCAUAGUUUGUAUGAAAGGACGUUUUCUUCAGCCCCCAAAUCGACAAUGGUCCAAGGAACGUUACACGCCUGUCAUAUUCACAGUCCCGAAGUCCCUGGUCAAGAUGAGAGUUACGUUUUAAAUUUGUUUUAAGAGUUACGGCUUAAAAUUGUAAGUCCGGAGUACAUCAUUUUGUUUGUUUAAAAUCUUAAAACCUUUCCAAAAUUUCGGAACAACGUUGGUUCAAGAGAAAUUGAGCCGUACUAUCUAAAAUGACACUGUCUUUAUAAAAGAAAAACGUUACUGCUAACAUUUUUUAAGAAGAUACAAAAGCUUUUUUGCACUAUGAAAACAGAUCAGGGAUCUUUUUUUAUGAAAUACGCUAAUCCAAAAUUCAAAUAUUUCAAGCAGUUAUCGACUUAUUUUCUUAAAACUAACAAAUCUUGCUAUAUGGGCAAUCGUCAAUCAUAUGGUGAACUCAAAUAAUACACAUGUUUGUUUGUAUUUAAUAUAAUUUGGUAAUCGUUACAUUGUAAAAUUACGACAGAAGCUUCAAAACAACAAUAUGCCUAUCUCUGUGUUAGGACACAGUUAUGAAGAGUACAAGCGUAGACGGACUGUUAUGAAGCAGUCGAGGAUGACAUCGGCCGAGGUAGGGUCAUUCCCCCCUUUCGUCGUAGUAUUAGCAGUGUUUGCUUGUUGGAUGGAGGUAAUAAUCCGAUUUAUGUAUCGUUUUAUGUCGGAAUUUGAAAUCUUUACGUUGAAAGUGCCUCACAACACUGUCCUCUUGAGAAAUUGCUACUGGGAUUUAACCUAUGGUAUUAUAACAUUGAUUUUAGCAUGGAUAACUGAUUCGCACGUCGGGAAGCUGCCAGUCAUAUUCUGCGGUUUUAGCAUUGUCUUAAUCGGCAUUUACUUAAUGGCUCUGGCAUUUUCUCUUAUCGGCGUUCUAGGAAACCAAUCUAUCUUACUGACCGUGAUAUACUACAUGGGGAAAAUGCUCAUCUAUACCGCUUUUCCUGUAAACCCGGUCUACAUUGUAUUUGUGCUUGACCAGUACGAAAUAACUCAAGACGUCAAGUUUAUAGAAAACAUGUGCGUCCUUAUAGUCAUCGCCAGAAACUCUAAACUUAUACAUCGCCAUUUCAAAGAGAGGUCCAUCGAAUCCAUGAUUGAAUGCUUUAUGACUUACGGUUACCUCACUGACAACAAAGUCCGUCGGAACAGAAGUAAACUACUAUUAUGGAGAGCUGCAGCAAUGAGCACAAAUUCUGGUGGGUUCAGUUUUCGGAUGCCUUCAAUGGACGAUGUAGACGUGAUCGAGUAUAUUCUUACUCACGAAGUGAUAGUACGCACAACCAGUUUGGUGCAACUUCUUGCUUUUUUAUCGCCUUUUGUCGGUUACUUUUUCAUUGUAAAAAUGAUUUACAUCAGUUGGAUAACCGAGGCGUCAGCGUUAUCACGAUGGGAAUUUAUGUUGUCUUCUAGAACGGUAGACAUGACCGUCUCCUUUUUGUCCGUAAUCACAAUUUUAGUCUUCGAAUUCAUAAUAAUUCCGUUUUUUUUCACAAAAGACACCAAUUACAAAAUGGCCAUUAUCUACUUUUCAAUAGGACAUGUUCUGAUUGGCGGAGCCCUAAUAACUGUUUCUGGCAUUGAAAUGAUGAUUUACAGCCAACAGUCUUUCGUAGACGUGGGCACUUUGACAAUACACAAUGCAUUGAACGUUUCGAGUACAAUAGAUUCCCAAUUCACCGGCUCGUUAACUGUCAGCCCAGGAAAAUCGCACUACGUGAGCAACAUCGAUGUGGACGAUGAGUAUGGCAUAUGUCGCGGAAUAAUUUAUAACUCACGACUCUCGUGGCAUUUGGGGUUAUCAUUUCAGUCUUUGGUCGUGAAGAAAAACGACGUUGUCAUUUAUGUGAUCAGGACCGACGGUGAUCUUGUCAGGGUGGAUGAUUUCGAACCGGAGUUUAACUUUACCAACAAACAUUCCAUGACCCAAUUGCUUUUCAUUAACGCCCUGCCCGAUUCACCAGAUCUGGAGCUUCUCUUCGAAGGGCUGACAUUGAGAGGUAAACCGGUUUCACAUACAAUCAAAAUGCCAAAACUUACAAAGCAAAAAGUUUUUUUCUUGGAAUCGGGAACGUACCAAGUAUCUUCAGAGUUGUACAAGAACAGUUUUAAGUUUCAUUUCAAGCCGAAAUCGUACAGCCACGUCAUUUCCGGGGACACCAUCAUGAAAUAUGACGUCGAUCUUCCUACUCGGGUUGAUGCCAUCUGGGACCUUCCGCCGAUGGCACUUUAUAGCAUGUCCACAUCAAUCGUUCUCAUUUACUACUUACGGUUUAUUUUUGUACACUCACCGCCCCCAAUUAGAGUAUUUUGUUUGGCGUUGUUGUCCUUCGAUGUCCACAUCGUCAACGCCAUUCUCGCUGUUUAUUGGACCUACAGAAAACUCAAUUUGUUGAAGAAAGAUUAUUUAAUUUUUGGCGGGUGUUAUCUGACUAACAUCGUUCUAUUCGCAGGUGUAAUUCUUUCUGUUACAUUGAAUAAACCUUAUGUGGGAACAAAUGUUUCAAGAUAAUUUUUUAUUUUGUUUUUUACACAUUAUAAUUUUUCAC